CAGCCUGGCUUGCUUUUUCUUCUAUCUCUCUCUCUCUCUCUCUAGCUAUAAAUCAUCGCCAUUUCAGUCCUUUCUUCCAUCUCCAUUCUGCACAGACAGAUACAUACACAUAAUAUAUAUAUAUAUAGAGAGAGAGAGAGAGAGAAAGAGAAAGGGUGUUGUGUUGAUGCAAUAUAAAGUAGUAUAGUAAAAUUAAAGUUUGGAGCUUUCUUUUUUCUAAUUUAGGGCAGGGGCAGGGGCAGGGGCAGGGGCAGCCGGCCGGGCAUUGUAGUGAUGGAUAUGUGUGUAGCGUUGCUAUUGUUCAGUGGGGUUACGUGUUAUCUGCUGUGGUUCACCUUCAUUUCCAAGUCGCUCAAGGGGCCACGUGUCUGGCCCUUACUGGGCAGCCUCCCCGGCCUCAUUGAGAACGCCGACCGUAUGCACGACUGGAUCGCCGACAACCUCCGUGCCUGCGGCGGCACUUACCAGACCUGCAUUUGCGCCGUGCCCUUCCUCGCACGGAAACAGGGCCUCGUGACCGUCACGUGCGACCCCAAGAAUUUGGAGCAUAUACUCAAAGCCCGAUUCGAUAAUUACCCUAAGGGCCCGACCUGGCAGGCGGUGUUCCACGAUUUACUCGGGCAGGGGAUUUUCAACUCCGACGGGGACACGUGGCUGUUCCAGAGGAAGACGGCGGCGCUCGAGUUCACAACUCGGACGCUGCGCCAAGCCAUGGCUCGAUGGGUCAAUCGCGCUAUAAAGGACAGGUUUUGCCCCAUUUUGGAGUCGGCUCAAGCCGAAGCCAAGCCGGUCGACUUGCAGGAUCUCUUGCUUCGCCUCACCUUUGAUAAUAUCUGCGGCUUGGCUUUUGGGAAGGACCCGCAGACGCUGGCGCCGGGCCUGCCCGAGAAUGGCUUCGCGGCUGCGUUCGACCGAGCCACCGAAGCCUCGCUGCAGAGGUUCAUAUUCCCUGAGGUUAUAUGGAAGUUGAAGAAGUGGCUUCGGCUCGGGAUGGAAGUCAGCUUGAGCCGGAGCCUGGUCCACGUGGAUGAGUAUUUAUCCAGUGUGAUCACCGCCCGUAAGCUCGAGCUGACGUGUCAGCAGAAGGACACGAACCCGCACGAUGAUUUGCUUUCCAGAUUUAUGAAGAAGAAGGAAUCUUCGUAUUCCGACAAGUUUCUGCAACACGUGGCGCUGAAUUUCAUCCUCGCUGGCCGUGACACGUCAUCCGUCGCGCUCAGCUGGUUCUUCUGGCUGCUCAUGCAAAAUCCGAGGGUGGAGAGGGCAAUUAUGAACGAGCUGUCGACGGUCCUGAUCGAGACACGUGGCGCAAAUCUGGACGCUUGGAUUAACGAGCCGCUCGCGUUCGACGAGCUGGACCGUUUGAUUUACCUGAAAGCUGCCCUGUCGGAAACUCUCCGGCUGUACCCCUCCGUGCCGCAGGAUUCGAAGCACGUCGUCGCCGACGACGUGCUUCCCGACGGAACCUUCGUGCCGGCGGGGUCGUCGGUGACCUACUCGAUUUACUCGGCGGGGAGGAUGAAAUCGGCGUGGGGAGACGACUGCCAUGAAUUCCGGCCGGAGCGGUGGCUGUCCAACGGCGGCGACAAGUUCGUGAUGCACGAUUCUUACAGGUUCGUGGCGUUCAACGCCGGUCCGAGAAUAUGCCUGGGAAAGGACCUGGCGUACCUCCAGAUGAAGUCGAUAGCGGCGGCGGUGCUGCUCCGCCACCGCCUGACGGUGGCGGAGGGCCACAAGGUGGAGCAGAAGAUGUCCCUCACAUUGUUCAUGAAGUACGGGCUCAAAGUGAAUGUCCGUCCCAGAGAUCUGAGCGCCGCCGUGGAAUCCAUGAAGAACGAUCCAAGAAUUUCCGGCACGGCGGCGCCGGCGGUGGUUUAAGGCGGUGGUUAGGGUUGUUGAAGAGGCGAGGCGAAUUAAAGACGGGGGUAUGUGUAGUCUUUAUAGGACAAGUCAGUGGACGGUUGGAUUUCUGACAGCUGGCAAAAUGGUGGGGGCAAAGGUCACGUGGGAUGCGUAAUUUGGGGCAGAAUGGUCAUAAAGGCACUAACAUACACAUGUUAGAAGGUACAAGCAUUCAAUGCGGGGAGGGUGAAAUAUUGAAUGGUUUGGUUGGGGACGAGGGGUACUAAGUUUAAUGUCCCCCUUUUUUUUUCUUUCCCCCUUUUUGUUUUUUUUAUAAAUUAUAAAUUAUUUUUCUAUAGUUUGGGGUGUUGGUAUUGUAUUGAUUCUUUGUAUUUUUCUUAUAAUUUUACUUUAUCUAUUUUGGGAGAUAAUUUAUUGUUUA